AGAGACAGACUCCAAAUUGGGCACCAGGGGAGGGUCAGCUCGGCUGGAGCCGGUUUCUCUGCUCCCUCAAUCAUCCAAAUCGUCUUGAGCUUUAUUCUUGGGACAUUUCAGAGAUUAGACAAGCGGUGAGUGUCAGCUUUCAUCACUUCUAUCAGAAAAGAAGAAAAAAAAAAGAACUAAAGCCGCUCACAUGCUGGAUGAUGACUCUAACUUCAAUGAUUCGUUUCGGAUCAUUUUCUGUUUAUUAGUUUCUUAAUCGACUCUGAAGUUUUAAGCUCUACGAGCAGGAUGUGGUGCUUCCCAGUAGCGUGAUUGGACGCGGUGGGGUAUAUGGCGUUCCUCCAUUAUUUGUAACCCAGCAACUGCCCCAGUGAAUGACCAGUUGAACAAAUCCUAUUAAUGACACCGCUCCAGAUUCUCAGCAGCUCCGAUGGGAAAACACUGGUUUCGCUUUGGCUCAGCCACAGAUAUGGAUUCUGACCAUUAUUUUGACACGCAGAGGUCUGGUGUGCGCACGCGCACCGCCGUGCCACCGCCCUCUACCUGAGAGGAGCACACCUGGAACCAACGAGACGGAAGUUUGUUGAAGUCAGAGAGAAAACUUUUGUCUUUUUUGAAAAUUGAACUUUUUUUGUGGGAUUAAAGCAGCAAACAGAUGAUCUCCAGUUAGCGCAAAAUGCCAUAUCCGUGGAUUUUUAAAACUUCGUUAAUGAACUGCCAAGCGUAAGCUUCAGUUCAGCGACUUGUGCUGGAUCUUCAUCCACAACCAGCCACAGCCAAGAAAGAAGGAUGAGUGUUUUUCGAAGAGUUCUCCGAAGACCGCUGCAUCCACUUAAACUGGUCAUAGUGACCAUAGUGUUUGUCACAUUUCUGUUUUUUAUACAAUGGGAAGUGGGGGCACAAAGCCAACAGGAGGAUCCCUGGCUGAAGGAGAUGGCAGUGAAGCGUGACAGCAUGCUGGGAAUGGUCAUAGGGGCUGUCAAUAACUUCAAGCAGGCAAAGCCAAAGAUGCAGAUCAAAGCCCCCAUACGGCAGCAGGAUGAACCAGGGGGAGCCUCCUGCCUGCCGGGUCACUACACUGCUGCUGAGCUCAGGCCGGCUCUAGAGAGGCCACCCCAGAACCCUCUCUCUCCUGGAGCUGCUGGGAAACCUUUCCACACGGAUUCACUCAGUCCGGAAGAACAGAAGGAGAAGGACAGGGGUGAAGAGAAGCACUGCUUCAACGUUUAUGCAAGCGAUCGCGUCUCCUUGAGCCGAGACCUGGGCGCAGACACAAGACCACCAGAAUGCAUCGAGCAAACCUUUAAGCGCUGUCCCCCCUUGCCGACCACCAGUGUGAUUAUUGUGUUUCACAACGAGGCGUGGAGCACUCUGCUGAGGACAGUUUACAGCGUCCUCCACACUUCCCCUGCAAUUCUCCUCAAGGAGAUCAUCCUUGUGGACGACGCCAGUGUGGAUGAUGUUUUGAAGGAUGACCUGGAUGAGUAUCUGAAGAAGCUGAACAUUGUCCGAGUAGUCCGUCAGCGAGAGAGGAAAGGACUCAUAACCGCUCGCCUGCUGGGUGCCUCCGUGGCCACCGGUGACACCCUCACCUUUCUCGACGCCCAUUGUGAGUGUUUCCAUGGGUGGCUGGAACCUCUGUUGGCAAGGAUUGCUGAGAACUACACCGCCGUUGUGAGUCCUGACAUAACAACUAUUGACCUCAAUACGUUUGAGUUCAUGAAACCUUCCCCAUAUGGUCAGCACCACAAUCGGGGGAACUUUGACUGGGGUCUCUCUUUUGGCUGGGAGACUCUACCCGAUCAUGAGAAGCAGAGGAGAAAGGAUGAAACGUAUCCCAUAAAGACUCCCACGUUUGCCGGUGGACUCUUUUCAAUCUCUAAAGAAUAUUUUUACCAUAUUGGAAGCUAUGAUGAAAAAAUGGAAAUCUGGGGUGCUGAAAACAUUGAGAUGUCAUUUAGGGUGUGGCAGUGUGGUGGACAGCUGGAGAUCAUCCCAUGUUCCGUAGUUGGUCAUGUUUUCAGGACCAAAAGUCCACAUACGUUCCCCAAGGGCACGCAGGUGAUUGCGCGGAAUCAGGUACGACUGGCUGAGGUCUGGAUGGACGAGUACAAGGAGAUCUUUUACCGCCGUAACCAGCAAGCUGCACAAAUGGCCAAGAAUAGAAAUUUUGGGGAUAUUUCCAAACGUGUGGACCUCCGGGAGCGACUGCAGUGCAAAAGCUUCUCGUGGUAUUUGAACAACGUUUAUCCAGAAGUUUUUAUGCCUGAUCUAAACCCAGUCUUCUUUGGCUCGGUAAAAAAUGUGGGGAAAGACACAUGUCUGGAUGCUGGAGAGAACAACGAGGGUGGGAAACCGCUGAUUAUGUACCCAUGUCAUGGACUUGGUGGAAACCAGUACUUUGAGUAUUCCACACGUCACGAAAUUAGACACAACAUUCAGAAGGAGCUGUGUUUGCAUGGGGCAGGGUUGGCUGUGACGCUGGAAGACUGCCAGUACAAAGGCAUGAAUACAUUUGUAGGAACCCAACAAAAAUGGGAGCUGAAGGAUAACCAGUUGCUCUACUUGCCAGGAUUGAACAUGUGUCUAACUGCCCAUCAUGAGAAUCCAUAUUUGGCUCCGUGCAACCCCUCAGACCAAUAUCAACACUGGUCCUUCGUCUGAGUCUGCAAACCACUACUUUGCAAAUGUUGACUUUGUAUGCAUGAAGCAUACAAGGACACAAGUAUCUCAUAAUGUAUGCAGCUUUUUUUUAUAGAUUAUAAACUACAUUGAAUUUUAAUUUAUUUUUUUAUACAUAAAAGGACUAAUCUUUGCUAUUGCUGCUGUUGGAAAUUGUGGAUUUUGGAAGAAUACAUCAUGUGCCUCUGCUCCAAGAAUUCAUUCAGUUGCACAUUAGACAAGUGCCUUUUAUGUUUUAGAUCACUUUGCAACCAAAGCAUACACCAGAUUAUUAGCUAAAGCUGGCAUAUACUGCAACAAGAUACACUGAGGAUGUACAUUUCAAUCUAAACAGUAAAAGUGGUGAUUUAAAAAAGUCCUAGUAAAGUGAUGGACAGUAUAAAUAGGAAAUGUCCAUUUAAAAAGUGCCUCAGAUCUCACAUUUUUUUAUUAGUCUUUAUAUGAAAUUGGGUAAUUUCAUAUAAUAAAAAAAAAAAAUUACCCAGUCUUAAAUAAAAUUGGGUAAUUUUUUUAUGAAAACCAUCUGGGGCUCAAGUAGUUUAAAUCAAGAUAUACCAACUUUUCUUUUUUAAGACCUAUUUUAUAAUGCAUUUUGUUGUAAAAGGACCACUUGAUUUGUUAACAGUGUGUCUGAAGAUGUUUGAAUAUCAAAAGACAAAACUUACAGUAACUGCAAUACAAACAUAAGAGUAGUAAAACAUCAUGAGUGAUUGAAAUUUAUUUUUAAAAUCAGCUAAAUAUGUCAAUUAUUUGAGGGUUUAUUCUUUAGUGAUUAUGAAGGGGAACUCUCAGUUUAUUAUAAGAAAAUCCACUUAAUUAAAUGCCUCUGCAGGAGUGAACCUAUGCAUUUCUGGUGCAGGCACUAGUGUUUUGAGGGCUGUGAAUGUUGCAUUGGGCCUUCAGAUUGAACUUGGUGACUUUUCUGAAAUGCCAAAUGUUUUGUGUUCAGUGUACUUAAAGUCUUAAGAUGUGAUUAUGAGAUAAAUAAAUAGUUUUGGGUAAAGCUUGGUUCACUCACGCUUCCCUUCUGUGGUCAGCAGAGGGCACUUUUGCACCUACAAAAGGCAAGCUUCUACAGUACAGACAAUGUGCAUUGAAAAUGUUUCAUAACAUCACAUUUUAUAAAAUGAAUUUGAAAACAUGUCAAAAUACAACAACUGAAAGUUAUGUAGGCUUUGUGUACAGUUAAAAACAUAACUUGGAAAAACAGAAUGGACCAUUUUGUGCAAAUCCUAUGCAUUUCACCAAAUAUGAAGCAGAAUUAAAGAAACCAGGCACAUGAAGCGUUACAAUUCACAUAAACUCGCAUGAAACAAAAGACAAUUUUAACAUAUCAAGUUACUUAAUACAGACUUUUAGUAAAGCACAAUAAAUACACGUCAUUUAACCAUUCGUAAUAAAUACUGAAAAUUAAAAUACAGUAAUCCUAAGUGGGUGCAAUGCCUUCAAGAACCUUCCCACACUGUACACUUUGGCACAAUUUCUAUGUAUUAUAGGUUUGUGUUGAUGAAACUGAUGACUUCAAAGUUAUUUGGGGACUUUCUGGGAGAUCCCAUCUAAUGAACAAAAUGGUGACGAUUGAAUGCUAAACUCAGUAAAUUUGAAUGUAUAUUUAAGCUUGAAAAUGGAGCACGUUCUUGUGUUUAUGCAUGAGCAAAGACUUAAUGGACUUCGUUUGAGCUUUUCCAUAAUAUCUUUAAGUUUCAUUCUGUCAAUGUUUACAGAUGCCACUAUGCACACAUUUUAAAUGAACAGGCUUUAUGGCUAAAAUGAUUCAGUAGUUCAACUUUUAAUGCUCAUAAAAUCAAUCCUAUUUAAAAUUAGACUUUGAUUGUCAACUCUGUGUAACCAUUUACCUGAAGAACAAAUCUGAAUUCUGCAAAGCAACUGUAAAUGAAAAGGUUAUUCUAUGCUGUUUUAAGAACUUAUCUUAAAAAGAAAAGCCCAAUCAUGCCUAUUGAACCUCCUUUAGUUAAUGUUACUGGAGCAACAUAAAAAAACAACUUCCUCUUUAGACUGUAAGGUGUAAUUUAAUCAUUUUAAAUCAGCCUUUCGUUCCUUUGGUAUUUAAAGAAGAUCAACACUGAAACGGGAAGACUUUCACUAAUGACUGUAGCAUUUAUAGACAGAAAAGGAAUUGUUUCUCAACUAAAAGAAUGUAUGAAUGUUUGAUUGUACCAAAUGGGUGUAUGGACACUUGAUAGACGGAGAGGGAAAAGGAUAGAAUGUACACUGUUUUUAUUUUUUUUGAAAGAUUAUCGAUGUAGAAAAUGACUUGAAUAGUCCUCACCUGCCAAAAAGUCUCUUCUGGACGCUGAAACAACAUGAAUAUUUUUUUUAAGGAAAGGAACAACCAUAUAAAAAGGUUUGCAAUGAUCAUGACCUAUAGCUCGAGAAAGGAAUCAACAGCCAAACCACUAAGGUGACUCAGUUGUUGAGCAAGGGGCUUCUCAGAGGAGAGGAUGUGUUAUUUGCAUUCCAUAAGUAAUGUUGCUCUUCUGCAGCUUUUGGCUGCAUUUUUGCCUGCCUGUGCUCCCUUGAUUUUGCACAUGAGCAAUGUUUACUAUUGUAAUCUACAAGCUAGAGCCGAAGGUACAAAAUGGUAUAUGCCCUU